UGUGCGAGGUCUCUGCUUGCAGACUCUAUAUAUGUUCUCAACUGGCUGCGAGAGAACUCCAAAUCAUACAUACUUUCCUUUCAUUUCGUUCUGUAUCCUCUUAGGCAAAGAUGGCGACAUUGAGAACAUUUAUAGGUGUUGCGACAAUAGCAGCUCUUGUUCAGGUGGCAAUUGGUGGAAGCUUCACAGUCGGAGGCCAAAAUGGUGGGUGGGAUCUGAGCACCAACUUGGCAGCAUGGGCUGCUGCCCAGAAGUUCAACGUUGGGGACACCCUGACUUUCAACUAUGCAUCAGCUCAUGACGUGCUUGAGGUGUCGAAGGCAGACUACGAUGCAUGCGCGACAAGCAAACCAACGAACAGCUACACAGGCGGGAGCACCGUCGUCAAGCUUUCAUCGCCGGGGAAGAGAUACUUCAUCUGCGGGAUACCAGGGCACUGCAGCCAAGGAAUGAAGGUCGAGAUCGACGUGGUUGCUGCCGUGACGGCAACUCCACCAACGGCCGCUGCUUCUCCACCCCUCGCCAAGUCUUUCCCACCAAAGGCCGCGGCUUCUCCACCCCUCUCCAAGUCUUUCCCACCAAAGGCCGCUGCUUCUCCACCCCUCUCCAAGUCUUUCCCACCAACGGCCGCUGCUUCUCCACCCCUCUCCAAGUCUUCCCCACCAAUGUCAAAGCCUGAAGCCCCAACAUCUUCUAAGCCUUCCAAGGCUGCACCAUCCGAAGCUCCUGCAAGCUCGCCGGCGACCAUCUCUCCGUCGUCCGAGCCAUCAGCUUCAGAUUUACCUGUGACCACUUCACCGGCACCACCACCCGGGUCCGCAGCUAAUGGCCUUGGUCGUCAUGCAAAGGUCGCAAUGGGGUUCGGGUUGGGGAUGCUCUUGGUUUGGGCUGUCUGAGCACAAGCUAGAGAGGAGUUUGUAUUUGAACCGAGUGUUAUUUUCUUGAGCCACUUGCUCUGUAUUUUUCCAUUUAUUUUUCUGACAUAGAUAUUUGCUACUGUUUCUCCUUGGAUCUCUAUUCUUCAAUAAUAAACAUCAAAAUUUAUUAAUUGUUA